AUGAUCGGCCUUCAUUGUUGCGGCGAUUUGUCCGCUUCGAUGUGCCGCAUGUUCAUCGAAUCCGGUCCCCGCUGUCGUCUUCUCGCGUUCGUCGGUUGCUGUUACAACUUACUCACGACUCGCGAAUCGAAUACCGCGGGAAUCUUCGGAUUUCCACUGAAUCCAGAAGUGACUGUGCGAAUGGAGCAGAGAGUUCGGAAUGCGAUCGUUCAGGUUUGCCUUCUUUGA